GGUUCAACAUUCCUCUGUAGUGUUUAGGGAAGGGUUGGUGGUAUAUAGACCCUACCACAGACUUAAAGGUGUGAGUGACCAGUUUCCAGUCCACAGUUGAAGUUGCAGAAGUUCCAGGAGUGUCAACAUGAGUCGCAGUCCAGAGAGGAUGUCUUCAUACCGCCGGCAUUUCGAGGGCGCUUUGGCCGCCCCUCCUGCUUACCAGCUCCGGGUGUCCAGUCCCUCUCCCAGCCGCAGGGACACCCGGCCCCGGUCGGUCAGCUUCACCCGGAGUGGUGGGGCGAUGGGGCACAGGGCCAUCUCCAAUAAGGCUCGCAUCACCAGCAAUGUGAGUAUGGGAGCACUGUGCUUUGGUAUGUCCAUGGGGCUCGGGCCAAAACUGGACCUGGAUGCGGCUGCAGCAGAGAACCAUGCCUUUAUGACUACUCGCACCACUGAAAGGCAGGAGAUGGUAGCCCUCAACGACCGCCUGGCAGCGUAUAUUGAAAAGGUGCGAACCCUGGAGUCAAAAAACAAGCAUCUGGAGGCUGAGAUUGAGGCCCUGAAGAGCCGCCAUGUCAGACCAGGCCUUAGGCAGCUGUACGAGUCUCAGCUGAAGGAGCUCAACAGGGACGCUGAGAAAAUGAGAGUCCAGAGGGAUAUGUCUUUGGCAGCCAAGGAGGCGAUGUUGGGCCAGUUGGACAAGCUGAAGGCCAAAUACAGUGAGGCUGUGGAUGCCCGGAAAAAGACGGAGCAUGACAUUGAGAAUCUCCGUCCAGAAGUGGAUAAAGCAACGUCAGCACGGAUUGCCCUGGAGACACAGCUGGAAAACCUGGAGGUUGAGCUUGCCUUCCUGCAGAGAGUUCACAAGGAGGAAAUUGAGGAGUUGGUGCAACAGAUCUAUUCAGCAAGCAGCAAGGUGGACCUGGUCUUUGGCCUCCCGGACCUCUCCUCUGCUCUCAGACAGAUUCAGUCUCAAUAUGACAGCAUUGCCGCCAAAAACCUACAGGAAAUGGACACUUGGUACAAGUCAAAGUUUCAGGACCUGAGCAGCGCCUCCACCAAACACCUUCAAAGCGCUCGAAGUUUGAGAGAGGAAAUCGCAGGCUAUAAAAAGGACCUUCUCAACAAGGAACGUGAAUUGGAAGCAAUGAAGACGAGGAACGAGUAUUUAGAGGCUCAGAUUCGUGAUGCAGCAGAAAAAUACAAGAAGGAGGAGGAGGACUUGGAGGAGCGUAUCGAAGUGAUUAAGAUGGAUCUAAAAGUAACCAAGGAAAAGAUUGCCCUGCUGCUACGGGAAUACCAGGACCUGCUAAAUGUAAAGAUGGCUCUGGAGAUUGAGAUCACCACUUACAGGAAGCUGAUCGAGGGGGAGGACAGCCGUCUGAGCACCAUGGUCCGAAACCUGUCCCUCACUGGAGGCCUGCGUCUCACCUCUAGUGUUAGCAUGCAUUCUGCCUCAUCCCCAGUCUCGGAUAGCUCAGCCCCUGCAGCCACUUCAAAGCUAGAUGGAGCCCCCAGUGACAGUAGCAGGGCUGAGAAAGCUGCGGGGGCUGCUCAAGUGGAGGUGGCCUCAUCAGACACCCAGACAGAUGGUAACGUAGAGGAGCAGGCAACUGAGACGUCUGAGAGGAAGACUGUCCUCAUCAGAACAGUUAAGACAGAUGAGGACACUUAUGAGAGCGACACACAGGAGCGCACCAUCAUCAUUUCUGGAGCAGCGGACGACACAGAUGAAGAAUAGACCGUUUAUCAACCCCAAAUCUCACAGAGCGACCCUUGCUAACUGUGUGCUAUGCAGCAACGUUCCACGUCAUGUUUUCUUGUUUUUCCAAUGCUUUGAAAAUCCUAGAAUUUAAUUUUGAAUUGAAAAGAAAACAAACUCAAGCAGCAUGUGACUAUUUCAAGGAUGGUGUUCAUCCUCCAAGGAGACUUUACAUUAAGAAAGCUACACACUGUGUGCACAGUCACUCUGCUCUGCCUGCUCCUAACACCCUGUUAGCCUCACGCUGCCUUUCUGCUCUUUUAAUCCUCCUGUGUGUCGGAAAACGCGCCUUUCAAAGUAACAAAAUAAAAAGCAAGCAAUAAUAA